UUGAUUUCACCCUCCCCUUCCUAUUCGCUGACUGCUGCUGCUGAGGCUGCUGGUAGUGGUGGUAGUGGCUCAGUCUGCGAGCCGAGCGCUGGUUUGGUUCAGCUGCAGCCCUGGGCAUCUCUGGGGAUCCCUGCAAAGCUUCUGUUACUCUGUCACCGCCUGACUGGGAGCUACUGGUACAGACCACCGCAAGACCUUGUCCUCUAUUGCUCAAGAUCUCAGCUGAGCACCUGGGGUGGUUUGAGUGCAUGGAGGCUGAUUGGAGGCGGCUGUCCAUCCUGGAAGGCUCGUUGUGAGGUGAAAGGUCAUCAGUCCGAGCCCAGAGUCAUCUGUAGCCCUAGAGGAGCUGCCCGGCUUCACUUUUACAACAGAGCACCAGUCUCCCAUUCAGGGAGCCCAGACCUACAGGAAGAGAGGAAAUAUACACAGGGGAGAAGAACACACUCUUCAUGAAUUCCCCAAAAUCGUGAAAGACAAACCAUAUGAGUUGGCUGGCAGUCGUGAGGAGAGGAACUAUGUGGACAAUAAGCAUGGCCCAGCUCUGUCUCCCAGCAUUCAUUCUCCUACUGGCCUACGCCUUUGUCCAAGCAGCUGCCACCGAGGACGAUGUCACUCCACGACUCAGCUUCACUUACAAUGCAAAUGAGAGGUCAGCCAAGAGAUUCUCUGUGGAUGGAGUCUUCAAUUAUACCUCUCUGCUCCUCAGUAGGGAAGAUAACAUGCUCUAUGUUGGAGCACGAGAGGAGCUCUUCGCCCUCAACCUCUCUGAUAUCAGCAGAGUCAAGCUACAACGUAAUCUGACAUGGAGCACCCAUGAGAGGAAGAGAGAUGAGUGCAGUUUCAAAGGCAAAGACCUACAGACUGAUUGCUUCAAUUACAUCAAGAUUUUACUGCGUGUGAACAGUACCCAUCUAUACGUGUGUGGAACGUACGCCUUCAGUCCAAUCUGUGCGUACAUAAACACAGCUGACUUCACUCUGGUGAGGAGCCAGACUGGGGAGAUAGUGACAGAGGACGGACGCGGCCGCUGCCCUUUCAACCCUGAGUACAAGUCCACUGCCAUCAUGGCUGAUGGAGAGCUGUAUGCUGGGACGGUCAGUAAUUUCCAAGGAAAUGAACCUAUUAUUUACAAGAGCCUGGGCCAAGGCGUUGCCCUAAAAACAGAAAACUCCUUGAACUGGCUUCAGGACCCAGCCUUUGUGGGCUCUGCCUACAUCCAGGAGAGCCUGCCCAAAGGCAACCCAGUGGGCGAUGAUGAUAAGAUUUACUUCUUCUUCAGCGAAGCGGGAAAGGAGUUUGAAUUCUUUGACAACACCAUUGUAUCGCGCAUUGCUCGCGUGUGUAAGGGUGACAAAGGAGGAGAGAGGGUGCUGCAGAAGAAAUGGACCACCUUCCUUAAAGCCCAGCUCCUGUGUUCACUGCCUGACGAUGGCUUCCCCUUCAACAUCAUCCAGGACAUGUUUGUGUUGACGCCCAGCCCAGAAGACUGGAAGAACACCGUGUUCUACGGGGUCUUUACUUCACAGUGGUAUAAAGGGGCCUCUGGCAGCUCAGCAGUGUGUGCCUUCACCAUGGACCAGGUGGAGAGGGCCUUCAGCGGCCGUUACCGUGAGGUCAACCGGGAGACCCAGCAGUGGUACACCUACAACCACCCUAUCCUUGAUCCACGGCCUGGAGCGUGCAUCACUAACGCAGCCCGGGAGCAGGGCAUCUCCUCCUCUCUACAUAUGCCUGACAAGGUACUGAACUUCGUCAAGGACCACUUCCUGAUGGACAGUGUGAUCCGCAGCCAGCCACUCCUGCUGAAACGCAGCGUCCGCUACACUCAGAUAGCUGUUCACCGGGUCCAGGCCAUCCACAAACACUACAAUGUGCUCUUCAUUGGAACAGAUGAUGGAAGACUCCACAAAGCCAUUAAUGUCAACAACAAGAUGCACAUCAUUGAAGAGAUGAUGCUUUUCACUGACCCCCAGCCUGUACAGCACAUUGAACUGGACUCUGAAAAGGGCCUGCUGUUUGUGUCCUCCUACUCUGGCCUGGUGGAGGUCCCGGUGGCUAACUGCUCCAACUACCAGAGCUGUGGAGAGUGUGUCCUGUCCAGAGACCCUUACUGUGCCUGGGAAGGGAGGCAGUGUCUGAAUGUCAGGCUGGGUGGGCUAGAUAACCACUGGCAGCAGGACGUGGACGAGGCAGACACAUCCGUUAUCUGCAACAAGACACAGCCCAGCCCUCGCUUUGCUAAACCCCCACCCACACGGAUGUCUUCAUGCCAGGUGAUAAUGAUACCAGCCAACAUGUUCAAAGUGCUGCCCUGUAAGCUGCGCUCCAACCUGGCUGAGAGGAAGUGGGAGUACAGUGAGGGUGCAGGUCACUUCCUGUACCCCAGUCCUGAGGGAGGUCUAGUGGUGGUGGCCCAGGCUGACAGACAGGAGACCUAUGAGUGCUGGUCAGUAGAGGAGGGCUUCAGGCAACUCCUGGCCAACUACUGUGUUAGGGGAGAGGCCAGGCAGGAGAGCACCACCCUCAUUGGCCGCUCACGCACCCCUCUGGUCCCACAGGAGGAGCCAAUCAUCCUACCUGGAGAGACCCGCUCCCCACAGAUCAACACCAAGACCUACUGGAACGAGCUCAUCGUUGUGUGUGCCCUGCUGGGCUUCUCCCUGGUGGUCUUCUCCCUAUUUGCGGUCUACAGGAACCACGGACGCAUGAAGUCCAUGCUGAAGGAGGGCGAGUGCCCCAACAUGCAGCAGAAAAAACCCAGGCUAGUGGGGAAUCCCGCAGAGAACUUGCCUUUGAAUGGCAACAGCACAGUGCCAGCCUCUGUGUCAGACCACAAGGGUUACCAGACCCUCAAUGACAACUACAUCUGCAGCACACCGCCACAUGAGUGCUCAUCACCAGACAACAGCAAGAGCUUCUCGGAGUCAGAAAAGAGGCCUCUGAACUUGAAGGAGAGCACUGUAGAGAUCUCGCCCAUCUGCCCGCGGCCUCGGGUUAGACUGGGCUCAGAGAUCAAAGAUUCCAUUGUGUGAGGAUGGCUUUGAUCAACUUGAGCAGGAGAUAAAACCCUAAUGUGGAGUGAUUAACUAUUAGCCAUAAGAAAAGAGGGACUUAAAAUAAAAUAAAAACACAGAAGGAAGGAACACUGAAAAACAUUAACUUCUUUGCAGAGGGACAUUUCAUUACACUGCUUUUGCACUUUUGUCUUUUUCAUUUUGUCCCUGUGGUCAGUUCUCAUUUCCUUUUUGUCACUCCUCUUUCUCUAGUGCACCUGAAGCACAAUGAAGAGGAAGCUGAUACAGAUUGCCUUCAGACUAUUGAAGCUGUGGAAUGAUGGUUAUGGUGGACAUAGGACACAUACAGCUGAUAUUGUCCUUCUCUAACAGUUUUCAUAUGAUUCAGUCAUGUUGUUUUUAUGCAUUGCCACUCAGUCCGUCCAAAUGUUCUGUUGGCAUUGCAUUGAAAGUAGAGAUACUAUAUGGGUCCACAGCUGACCCUUAACCCUCCCACCUACAACCACAGUUAGUGUGCGCUUAGCCCUACACUGAGAAUGAUAGUAGAAUAACAACCUCUAAUUCAAACACUAUAGUAAGUAGAUCAAUAGGCCUUUCACUGUUGACUUAGUUAUAACAGCAGUCUAUCAGCUAUUAAUUCAAAGUAGUUUAAACUGUGGAUGACCUUAGUGCAGCAUAACCAGACAGACAUUAGAAUGGAAUCCACUGAUCAAGAGAGGGCUGACCAUCCCAGAGAGACAUGGAGAGGAACCAAUGAGGAAGGAAUGAAAGAGGUAGGGACCACCUGGCAUGAGGUGUGGGAAAAGAGCAUACAUCAGAAUAACAUAAUACUGGAGAGGUGUUGUUGUCGAGGUUCUCUGCUCUGCUCCACUAGGAGCUUAGAGAUUUAAGUCAAGACUUGAAUGACUAACAUGUCUUGUGAAGGAGGAAAGAGAGAAAGCAACACUAUCCCCCCAAAUGGAGAGUAGCACAGAUGGGGUUUGUACAUCCAAAGGUAUUGGAGGAUAUGGUGCCUAACAUGCUAACCAGACCAGACACGUUGCGUGUGCGAGCGCUGCAAAAUAAAUUUACACAUACAUGUUAUUCAAUCAUUGCACCCACACUGCUCGCUGGCGAGCGUCUGCUUGGCCAGGCGCUAAAAUAGAAAUCGGUUCUAUUUGUGACGCUCAACGCGCUGCAAGUCCAGCCUCUCCCAUCUCCUCAGUUUUUAGGAGCAUAUACCCACGUGGGUGAUUGAAAGAUUAACUUAGGUCUACACUCCGGGAGGUUGUAGUAAUGCACCGUAAAGUUGGUUGCCAACCGCCAUAUUAAAUCCUAAAUAAGAAGCCUGAGGAAGGAGGAGAGAUGACAAGAAAGGGAUUCAGUUUACCGUUUUAUCUGUGGAUUAAUUGUUGGAGUAGAGGACCUUGUGCAUUUCAUCUAAAAUAAACUAAUGUUUAUAUCCCAGGACAAAUUAGCUAGCAACAGCAAGCUAGCUAGUUAAAUUGCCAUAAAUGUUUAAUGCCUUUCGACCUGUCCCCAAAUUAAUAUAAUUGGUUCAGAGUUUGUUUUGAUAUUUCAACCUGCGUGUCCUGAUCGCUUCUGGUGUGGGUGAACAAAAUCAACGUGCGCGUGUCGUGUUUGGUCAGCAUGUAAGUUCUGUGUACGAUUGACAUUCACAGGGUUGAAGCGUACCCCUGACAUUGGGGAAGACCCGAGACCAGGUAUUAACAUAUUAUUCAUUAUGGAGCCAACAGAUUAUGCAAAGCACACAAUGUGAAGUGUGGUGCAAGGUCACACCAAAAGAGAAUCUCAUCUUGAAACUGUUCAGGCGCAUAGGUGUUUGCACAAUCUUGAUUAUUGAAAAUCAGAGGCAUACUCACAUAUAAUUUAGUAUGCUGAAGAUUUUGAGCCCUAACUGUGGCAUAGCGGCAGGGGAUGAGAGAGAGGCUAUCACUAGGCCUGGAGUUGUUGUAGCUAGGCUGAGAUCCCUGUAUAAAAUGCUGACUAGUUCAGUUUGUCGGUCAGAAACUGAUUCCUUUGAUCCAAAUUCAGUCACUUCAGACACCAAGUUAAUGUGGGCUGAGACUGUAUAAAAACCUGUUCACCACAUUGCUUAGAUAACUCUUUCCUGGCCCUGUGAUUGAGGCUAGUAGACAGCAGAGGUUAGAAGAACCACAUGUAGAGUGUGGCAACACAACAGUCAGCCAGUGGAGCUCUUGGUGUUGAUGAUUGUGACUCACACACCCAGAGGAAACCAUGCUCUGUGUUAAUUUAUUUUGUGCCAAAAAUAACCUUUUUAAAAAUGUGUAUUCUGUUUUCAUCCUUUCCAACACAACUGUCAUGUCAAAUCAAUAUUUUAUGUUUCAUGGGCCUGACCAUUUCAGCAUGUAUCAAACCAUUCAUAACGUAGCCAUUCAGUGUAUAUGAAAGCUGCCAUAGUUACCAACAUCACCUCUGGUUUAAUGACACUAAUGACUGUAAACUGGGUUUUACUAAUAUGGAGCCAAGGCUUUCACAGCAGUUAUGGACCAGUCGAUGGAGGAAUGUUUUUUAAAAACAAAAAUAAACAGAUAUUGUGAAAGGAUGGAACCUGCAUAAAUAAUAAUCCAAAAGCAAGGGCUUUCAUUGAGGCAUUACCUAAUAACAGAUAUGUUUUCAGCUGUUCAAGAUUGGAAUGAUACAAUAAUUCUAAAUGCACAAUUUAAGAAUAUAGAUUUCAUAUUCCAAAGAUGUAGCUAUGUCAGUGCAAAAUUAUGGUAAAGUCUUGCAACAUUGCAUUGUGGAAUGUAGUGAUAUAAAUAGUUUUGGAAUAAUUGUAAGUAAAACAAUGUUGUCUUAUUUAAGUUUGACAUUUGUACAAGGGCCUUACAAUUUUUGACAAAGUAGCUGUGAAAAAAGCAUACUGCUAAAGGACUGACGUGGUGGCUGAGUGUAUAUAAUGUACAUUUGUAUUGUAGUUGAGUGGACUAGUGAAAGUUGUAUAAUUGCGGUCAAAGUGCAGAACCAGCAAAAAUCUUGAGUCAAAAUGCGUUGUUUUUGCACAGGAUGUUGGAAAGCCUUAGUUUGGAACACAGAUGGGGGUUUUGUUGAGAAUGAUGUAUUACAUAUUCAAUGGAUUUUUUUCAUGCCUUCAAGCUAAAUUCAGGAAUCAAGUGUUGUGCCUCUUGGGAUUCUAAAAUGUGUUCUCAUGACCUUGUGACAUUACUCAAUCACAUGGACAACCAGGUAGCAGCAGCAUCACCUGCGUGAUAGGUACGACAGAAUAGACUGUAGAACUGUACUGGGCAUACCCAACAAUACUAUUAAAACACUGAGUGACUGCCUUUAAAUUAUGAUCAGUAUCUGUACAAAUAAUUAUUUUAGAAUGGCUUCAACCUCAAUCACUUUGUAUUUCUGGGUUGACACUAUUGCAAACCAUUGUUUUUGACUAUACAUUAAAAAAAUUCAACGCUGUCUUUAAACACUAUUGUGUGGCGUAGUGGUCUAAGUCACUGCAUCUCAGUGCAAGAGGCGUCACUACAGUCCCUGGUACGAUUCCAGGCUGUAUCACAUCCGGCUGUGAUUGGGAGUCCUAUAGGGUGGCUCACAAUUAGCCCAGUGUCGUCCCAAUUUUGCCGGGGUAGGCCGUCAUUGUAAAUAAGAAUUUGUUCUUAACUGACUUGCCUAAUUAAAUAAAGGUAAAAUGAAAAAAUAUAUACACUACCAUUCAAAAGUUUGGGGUCACUUAGAAAUGUCCUUGUUUUUGGAACACAGAAGUGAUGGUUGCUGAUAAUGGGCCGCUGUACAUAUUCCAUUAAAAACAUCUGCCAUUUUCAGCUACAAUAGUCAUUUACAACAUUAAGAAUGUCUUCACUGUAUUUCUGAUCAAUUUGAUGUUAUUUUAAUGGACAAAAAAAUGUGAUUUUCUUUCAAAAACAAGGGCAUUUCUAAUUGACCCCAAACUUUUGAAAGGUAGUGUAUAUAUAUAUAUAUAUUUACAACUGAAACGUUUGAAAUGUAUGAUUUUUUAUUUCAUUACAAACAUUGCAAAAGUUUAGAAAUGGCAGCUUGGAUCUGUUGAGUAAAGUGGAUAUGUAUCUAAAAUCUAAACAAUAAUACAUUAACAAAUCUACCUGAAUAUCUAGCAUACAAGGUUCAGACAUGCAGCAUACAAAUCUCUCUCGUUUGAUCACCGCUCCAAAUUCAUAUAUACUUGCAUAAGGUUUUUGAGACUGUAGUUAUAAGCUUCUACUGAGUUGCAGUAAGGCACCUCUUGUCACUUGAAGAACCACUUCAGUCAAGCCUUCUAUUUGUGACAGUGCACCAGGUUUCUCUGACUUGUCAAAAUGUCUUGUAAGUUUGUAUGUAAAAGUGUUUUGUAAAUUGAGCUGCCAAUGUAAAAAGCUGUUGUGAACUGUAUUUUUUUGUAUUAUACAUCACUGUUGUUUUUGUUGUUCUGUACAUUAAAGCACCUUAUUUUAAUUUUUCAAAUAAAUAUAAAUGGUUACA